AGCAUGAGUAUCACUUCCGACUGAACCAACAAAUCAUAUUUUUUGGGACUGUGGCGGCCUUGUGUUUUUACUUUUUUCCUGGUUGUUGCAUUUGGGCUGUCAAUGUACUUCAGUUUAUAUUCAGAUUCAGAGUGGGGAUAGACCUGAUUCUGGAAUAAGACUUGGAAUUUGACUUGGGUUGGCACACAAUACCAAAAUGACAAAGGCAAUCACUGUAUGAUUUAUAAUUCUGUAACAACAGGUUCGCUGUUUGAGGUUCAGUGCAGGAAAGUGUAUGAAUAUUAGGUGAUAUUCUACUGUAGUCUGAAGGUCCGGAAUUGAAAUGAUUAAUUUGGAACUCAAAAACAACGAGCAAGGCAACAAUGGGGCGGAUACUUGUAAUUUUCAUAAACAGCCACCUAUAGCAACCAAAAAGAUGGUGCUGACAGAUGUUCAAAAUGACAACAGGGUACGGAAUUAUCGAGAAAGUUCAUUUCCUAUAGAUGUGGGACCCACUGCAGAGAAAGUUAAGAUUUCUGGAACGAAGAGGCUCAUACCUGAAAUCCCUACAAGCCACCCUUGGCCUCCACUUCCUAAUCACACAGCCACAAAAGAGCAUCUCGUGUAUACUACUAAGAAAUCUGAGUUUGUGCCAAUGAAUGAAAAAACUGAGAACAGAGACAGAAAUAUAAGCAGUCCACCUCUGAAGCGUUUUUGCAGCAUGCAGCAAGAAAUGCCCCAGAAACAAACUCGGGUGGUAGAGGGUAAUUCACAUCAGGUUCCUAUGUCUUUAUCUAAUUUUAUGGUUCCAAAGAAUAUGGUUUCUUACUCAAACCCGUCAGUAGACUCGUUAGCCGCUUCUCUUGCUAAUCCUGGUACUGGAGCUGGACCUGCUAAAACUAUUUGCCAUAAUGUCACCUCAAAUGUAGCACUGCCCUCUGAUUCAAAAAGGGUGGAAGACCAGAAUAUCGGCAAAAAAUGGGAAGAGCGUUACAUUAAUUUACAGAAUUAUUUAAAGAUAUGUGACAAUGAGUCUACUCUCAGAAGCCACAUUCAAAAUCUUUGUCAUCUUUCGCCAGCUGAACUUAGCAUGUAUGCAGUUGAACUGGAAAAAAGAGCAAUCCAGUUAACAAUAGAAGAAGGAAAAGAGUUUCACCGAAUGAAGGCACUUAAAAUCUUGGAGAAAUCUGCUGCUAGUACUAUAAAUGCAUCACAAAAGAGUGAACCAUCCCCAUCCAAGAAAUGAAGAUUGGCUGGUAGUAUGCUAUGCUGCUUCCAUGAAGAAUGGUUUCUUCUACCAUAAUACUCUGGUUUUUAGACUCAGUUGCUAUUUUAUUUGUAUCAUCCAUUCAGCAUUCACCACCACCUUGUUCUUUUAAGCAAACAAAAGAUUUAAAACGUUUUUGGGAACUUGGAUUUUCGUUUGCUGUUCUAGAUAUGAUCAAAUGAUAUCUUUUGGAUUU